AACCUUCUCGUUACACAGUAUGGAUGCUGUAAUAUUAGGAGUCCUGAUCCUGCUGCUCUCCUGCUUUCUCUACACAAAAUGGGGUAAAAUGUAUCAAAAGAGGAACUUGCCUCCUGGUCCUACCCCCCUACCCCUCGUUGGAAAUAUUUUUCACAUGAAAAGAGGAGAAAUGGUGAAAUCCUUCUUAGAGUUUAGCCAGAAGUACGGACCGGUCUACACGCUGUACUUUGGCUCAAAUCCGGUCAUCGUCCUCUGUGGUUACCAAGCGGUGAAAGAAGCCCUCGUCGACCAGGGAGAAGACUUUGGUGGUCGCGGAAAACUACCAACCAUCGAUCAAUAUAUGAAAGGACAGGGAGUGACUUUCAGCAACGGAGAAACAUGGCGGCAGCUGCGACGCUUCUCCCUCUCAACCCUGAGAAACUUUGGGAUGGGGAAAAAAAGCAUCGAAGAGAGGAUUCAGGAGGAGGUCGGAUAUCUGGUCUCGGAACUCAGGUCCUACAAAGAGAAGCCCGUCGAUCCGCAUCACAUCCUGGUCCAGUCCGUCUCCAACGUUAUCUGCUCCAUUGUGUUUGGAAACCGUUUCGAGUUUGACGAUGCCUGUUUCCGAGAUCUCCUGGGGAUGUUUGCCGCCACGUUCAAGGAUAUGAGCAGCAGCUGGGGGCAGCUCCAAGACAUGCUGCCCAACAUCAUGAACCACGUGCCGGGUCCACAUCUGAGAAUAAACAAACACCUGGAUAAUCUCAGCAAGUUCAUCGAAGAGAGAGUGAAGAGAAACCAGGAGACGCUGGAUCCGGACUCCCCGAGGGAUUACAUCGACUGUUUCCUCAUCAAAAUACAGAAGGAGAAGCAAAAUCCCACCAACAGCUUCGACAUGACAAAUCUUGUAAUGACGGUUCUCAGUCUGUUCUUCGCUGGGACAGAGACAAUCAGCACGACCCUGAGGCACGCGUUCCUCAUCCUUAUUCACUAUCCCCAGAUACAAGCCAAGCUAUCCGAAGAAAUCAGACGCGUGAUUGGGGAAAACCGCAGCCCCAACAUCGAGGAUCGGAGCAAAAUGCCGUACACGGAGGCCGUGAUCCACGAGAUCCAGAGGUUCAUCGACGUCAUCCCCAUGAACGUUCCGCAUUUGGUCACAAGAGACACGACUUUCAGGGGCUACAAUAUUCCUAAGGGCACCGACGUCUACCCCAUCUUGUAUUCCGUUCACCGUGAUCCGGAACAGUUUGCUACUCCGUUAAAAUUUAACCCGGGGCAUUUCCUGGAUGAAGACGGUUCUUUCAAGAAGAAUGAAGCCUUCAUGCCGUUCUCUAUCGGGAAGCGGAUCUGCCUCGGCGAGGGCCUGGCGCGCAUGGAGCUCUUCCUCUUCCUCACCUCCAUCCUGCAGAACUUCACGCUCACUUCGCCCAUGAAAUUCACCGACGAUGACAUCGCCCCCAAAAUGUGCGGAUUCGCCAACUUUCCCAUUCCCUACCAGCUCUCGUUUAUCCCUCGUUAACGGCUCCCAUCGACCGGAUCGAUCACG